AAUUUUAGCUUGAAAUCCAUAACAAAUACCUCAACCGUUAAUGCACGUUGUGCUUCACUCCGCAAAUUUCUGUGACCCCAUUGUUUGUCCCAAAUGUGGUUGCUUUUGUUCAUGUUUUAUCUCCAUUCUCUGAAAAAAUCUGCCUUCUUCCAACUCCAGUUUCAUGAUCUAACCGUUUUGUUUAUGAUUCAACAACACCCUUCUCAAAUUCAGCUCCUUCCAGAUCUGGGUUCUUGUAAAGAUAGAAAAGGAUCUUCUUUGUGGGAUUUAUCUGGCAAAAACGAAUCAUUAGGGGGUUUUUGCUGAAAGGAUUUGGGUUUUUUCCUCAAUGUGGUUUGGUUUUGAGAGUGUUUUGUGAUUGAUUGAUGGAUGUUUGUGGAUCGUUGCACAAGCAGUCGCCAACUGAGACUCCUAGACCGCCUUUGGUUCCAGCUGAAAAGAACAAUGCUCUCAAUUCAGUGUCGAGUCGUCGGCCGAGGAUUCGAGAGGUUAGUUCAAGGUAUAAAUCGCCUUCUCAAACAAUGCCUUCUAGUACUAGGCGUUGUCCAUCUCCUAAUCUUACAAGAAGUUUCUCUUCACAUACUCCAUCGGGCUCUAAGAGAGCCGUAUCGGCUGAGCGAAAACGCCCUUCAACACCGCCCUCACCGCCUAGUCCUUCAACACCUGUUAAUGAGUCAUCUGUAGAUAGUACACAAUUGUCAUCUAGAAAGUUGAGUGGUGGAGGUGGAGGUGGAGGUGGUAGACUGCCUGAAAGUUUGUGGCCCUCUACAAUGAGGAGUCUUAAUGUAUCAUUUCAGUCGGAUACGAUUUCUAUUCCUGUAAGUAAGAAGGAAAAACCAGUUACAAAUGUUGCCUUGGAUCGUACUUUGAGACCGCCUUCGAAUGUUGCUCAUAAGCAGGGUGAAAUGCAUGGUCCUCUGUCUAGGAAGCCCACGCCUGAGAGAAAGAGGAGUCCUCUUAAAGGGAAGAAUGCGCCUGAUCAAUCUGAGAAUUCUAAACCAGUUGAUGGUUUACAAACUAGAUUGAUAGAUCAACAUCGGUGGCCUAGUAGAAUUGGUGGGAAGGUAUCUGCCAAUCCUUUGGCUAAAAGUGUGGAUCUUGUGGAUAAGAUUUUUAGAAACUCAUGUACAUCAGGUCAGGGAAUUGGGAUACCUUCAUUGAGGAGAAAUUCUCUUGAUGGUUUGAGUAGACCUUCACAGAAAUCUUCUAGUGACACUGCUUCUAGAUUGUUGACGUUUGAUGAAGUUAGUAGAUUAGGGACUGUGGCAAAGUCAGUCGAUGACAGUUCACUGCGAGUAUCUGGAUCUUACAAGCUUACCUCUGUAAGUUUAUCUGAGAGAUCAACGUCAGCAGCUGCUGCAGUUAGAUCACGGCCUGCCUCACCAAGUAGGACCUCAAUGUUACAAUCCUCUAGAGGUGUCAGUCCAUCUCGGCCAAGACCAUCAACUCCACCUCCAAGAGGCAUCAGUCCAUCUCGGAUAAGGUCAUCGACUACUGCUAGUCAAUCCAGCAGUUCAACUUCUGUGCUCAGCUUUAUUGCGGAUUUUAAAAAAGGGAAAAAGAGUGCAAGCUACAUAGAUGAUGCUCAUCAUUUGCGGCUGCUUUACAAUAGAUAUUUGCAGUGGCGAUUCACAAAUGCCCGAGCAGAGGCUGUACUUUAUAUUCAAAAAAUAAUGGCUGAGGAAACUUUAUACAACGUUUGGGACACUACUUUAAAUCUGUGGGAUUCAGUAAUCAGUAAAAGAAUUAAUCUCCAGCAGCUGAAUCUGGAACUUAAGUUAAAUGCAGUUUUGAACGAUCAAAUGGCUUACCUUGACGAUUGGGCUUCAAUUGAAAGAGAUCAUAUUAGCUCUUUAUCUGGCGUUGUGGAAGAUUUGGAGGCGAGCACUUGCCGAGUUCCAAUAACCGGCGGAGCAAGGGCAGACAUUGAAUCUUUAAAGGGUGCUGUUUGCUCAGCUGUUGAUGUGAUGCAGUCAAUGGGAUCCUCCAUAUGUUCUUUACUUGCUAGGUUGGAGGGGGUGAACAGUUUGGUUUCUGAACUUGCUGUUGUAGCAGCACAAGGAAAAGCAAUGCUGGAUGAAUGUGAAGCUCUUUUAGCUUCAACAGAAGCAAUGCAGGUAGAGGAGUACAGCCUUAGGACUCAUCUUAUACAAAAGAAACAAGCUUUGGAAAGGGAUGACGAUGAGAGCAGCCAUUCAUGGCCAUAAAAAAUAAAACUUCCAUGGCCCUAACCAGCUGCUAUGAUGCUAACAAAUUUACUUCAAGAGAGAGAGAAUGCUGCUUGCUUGGGUCUCAGUAAAUGUAAAUUUUUUUUUACUUUGUUGGAUUUUUUAAUUAAUUAAUUUUUUCUUUUCUACGCGCGAGCAACCGGCUCCAAUCUUUCUUAGGUGUAAUUUUUGUACCAGGCAUAUGAACAGAAAAUGCAAAGAAAUCAAAAAAGGGUUAAAAUUUCAAUGUAGAAAGAAGCAAAGUUUCAGUGAGAGGAAGAAAAAGCUUAUUGAAUAGAUUCUGUUGUAUCUCUUCAUUUACAUUAUAA